CUCAGAUAAGUCAGGAAGCUCUAUUAUGAACAGCAUACCAUGGACUGCAUUAGUGUCCAGGACUUUCUCCUUGCCCCACUCGUACCCACUUCGGACCAUGUUACGGUGUUUUGAAAAGCUGUAUUGAAUGUAGUAUUCAAUCGGGAAAGUCUCUAGGACCAGGCUAGAUUGGCCCACCGAUGUUCAUUGGGUAUGCCUUUAGCGCCUUAUUCGACUUCAGUAGACGAUUCCCUUUCUAGAUAUGAUCCUCUAACAGUACACUUAUGUCGUUCAAUACACACGCGAGGCGACCUAUUCCAAUCAAGCAGGUUUUUUUCCAUCGGGGGUUUUUUUGUUCGCUUAAGCUUCCUAAGGAUUAUCGAGCAGUUUGUCCUAAGAGCAACUAAA